AUGAAUACCCCAACUACUACUGAUGUUCAAAUAAAAUUACGCGCAUUGGUUGAUAUGAUACUCGGAUAUUUAAAAGACAUUAAUAAUGUUCCAACGGUACAAAGUUCCGAAAAUGUUGAUGUUGAAGUUAUUGUAAAUGAUCUUGGUAAAUUAGGAAUGAUUCUUGCAGAUAAUGCGACAAAGGUGACCAUAGCGUGUAAACCUACAUGCACACCGAUAUCGGCCGUACCAACGAUUAAAGCAAUGGGAGAUACAUUAUUUCGUAUAUGUGGAUUUGUUGAAUCGAUACCAAUAUCGGCAGGAAAAACGUUAAUUAAAAAAAUAAGAUCAACGACAAAAGAAAUCCUUUUUGAUUCAACAGCACUAGUGAAUUCUUUUUUAGAUGAACCAGUAGAUCCAAAUCCAGAUACAAUAAUAUCAAAAGGAUACCUUAUUUCGACUGGAAUUAUAUGGGAAGCAUGUGAUCGAUUUGAAAAUUUACCAAAAAAUAAUAAACAAGCUGUUACAAUUCAAUGGAAAGAGAUGCUGGAAUUAUUAAAAGAUGCCAACUUGGAAGUUAAACAUUUGAUAGACAACGAUGAAAAUCAAGGCUUUGAGGAUGAUGGUUGGGAUGAAAUAUUUGAAGGAUCCAAUAAUUCAACGUUGACAGCAAAAGAAAAGGAAAUUGUUGAAUUAUCUUUAAAAUUAUUAAAUUUGGUGAAAAUACUUUUCACCAAAGUAUUAAAAAGGUGUAUAGAACCUCUGGAUAUAUCAUCAAGUAAGAAUGGUCUAUCAAAAAUCAAUCAGACACUUGAUCAAUAUAUGGAUUUGGGCAAAUUGAUUGCUGAUGCUGCGGAUGAACUUGGGACAAGUUUAUAUCCCCCUCAAAAUUCGGCGGCUAUAGAAACAAAUGUUAAUCAUUUAUCUUUAAGAUCUCAGGAUUUAAUUAAGGUAAUUUUACCUUUUGCUUCUGAAGAGGAAGUUAAGUGGUUUAAUACCUGUGAUGCACAAUUUACAAAGAUUUUAAAAUCUAUUAUGGAGAAGAAUAAAGCAUGA